AUGGCUUCCAGAACUGUUCCUCAGAUGCUACGUUCCUUUAGCGCUGCUUCACGGGCUCCGUGGUCUGCCCAGGUGCCUCGUGCGCCCGCUUUCCACCGCUUUUUCUCGGCCCAAACAGAACAGCCGCGUCUGCGCCUGGGCUCAACCGCCCCCAACUUCAAGGCUGUGACCACCCAGGGCGAGAUCGAUUUCCACGAGUUCAUUGGUGACAAAUGGGCUAUCCUCUUUUCCCACCCGGCCGAUUUCACGCCUGUGUGUACAACAGAGUUGGGCGCGUUCGCCCGGCUUAAGAAUGAGUUUGACCAACGCGGUGUCAAGAUGAUUGGAUUGAGUGCAAACGGCCUCGGUUCCCACGACGAGUGGAUCAAGGACAUUAAUGAAGUCGGCUCAACACAAGUCCAAUUCCCGAUCAUCGCCGAUGCCGAUCGCAAAGUUGCCUUCCUGUACGAUAUGAUCCAUGCGGACGACCUGCAAUCGAAGGAGAUCGCGUUCACCAUUCGCUCCGUGUUCAUUAUCGACCCGAGCAAGAAGAUCCGCCUGACCAUGAUGUACCCCGCCUCUACGGGCCGAAACUCCGCUGAGGUCCUGCGGGUUAUCGACUCCCUGCAAACCGGUGAUAAGAAAGGCAUUGCCACCCCUAUCGACUGGCAGGUUGGCGAGGAUGUCAUCGUCCCUCCCUCUGUCAGUACUGCGGAUGCCAAGAAGAAAUUCGGUGAAGUUCGCGAGCUCAAGCCUUACCUGCGCUAUACCAAGGUCUAA